AUGGAUGACGACACCAUUCUCUACCACCCAAUAAAAUUCACCGAGCACAAAAAAACCACUACCAAAUUCAUCAAAAACCAAAAUCACAAUAAACCCCAUCAAAACAUUUCAUGUAUCCGAAUUUCCAUGACCGAUCCCGACGCCACCGAUUCCUCCGGAGACGAAGGCGACGACGACGACGACGACCUCUUCCACCGCCAACGCGUCAAGCGAUACAUCACCGAGAUCAAAAUGGAGACAGCUACUGUCGACACUCUCCGCAUCAAACCCAAGCCCAUGAAGACGCCCAAAGUGGCGGCGCCGAGGAAGUUCCGCGGCGUCAGGCAGCGGCCGUGGGGGAAAUGGGCGGCGGAGAUAAGAGACCCUUGUCGGAAAGUGAGGCUCUGGCUGGGAACCUACGACACCGCCGAGGAGGCUGCCAUGGUCUACGACAACGCCGCGAUCAAGCUCCGCGGCCCCAACGCUCUCACAAACUUCACCGCGCCGCCGCCGGAGAGUAAUUUGGCGUCGGUUUCGGGCUAUGAUUCCACUGACGAGUCUUCUCAUGUUGCUUCCUCUCCGGUUUCGGUUCUCCGGUUUGAUACUAGCUGGUUCAGUGAGACCACUGAACCGGUCAGUCUAAACAUUGAGUGUACUAAACCCGGUCCGACCGGACCGGUUCUCGAGUGUGUGAAGGAAGAAACUAGUUUUGACUCGGUUGGAUUCGAGGGUGUAUUUAUUGGCCGGUCUAGAUGUGAGGCCGGUCCAAUUUAUAAUGAUAACAAUAUGGAGGUGUGUGAAGCAGAAACGAUUAUAGUACCAGAUUAUUCAAGCGAUUAUUUGCCAACAGACAUUCCGGUUUUCGACGAUUUCUUCGAUUUUGAUCCGCAAGAGCAUUUGUUCGAGAAUGGAACGAGUUUUUGCAGCAAUUUCUAUAAGGAUUCGUUUCUAGAACUCGGCUCACUCGAUGUGGAGGAUUAUUUUGAAGACAUGAACAGUUUCGACGGUGUUGAUGCUGCAUUGUUGUCAUUAUAAUAGAUGUUCAAGAAAUCAUAUAUGUGUGAUGAAUUAACAUAGUCGGUUUGCCGAUUAAAUGGCAAAUUUUGCUUCUUUUCCGAGUGUCGGCUUGUAAUUUGUUUAAUCAAUCAA